GUUGGUGAAGGGCUGGCUCUAGUCAGCUCUCCAUCUAUUUAAAGGCAAGGGUGUGGUCCUGCAGCUACUUGCCUGGGACUUUUGCACCUUGGAAGAGAGGAGCAUCAGCCUGCAUAGCAGCACCAUGUCUUGUCAGGGACCAGUGUGCACCAACCUGGGUCUCAAGCCUGGCCAGCGCCUCACUGUCAAGGGGAUAAUCGCACCAAAUGCCAAAAGCUUUGUGAUGAAUCUGGGCAAGGACUCAACCCACCUGGGACUUCACUUCAACCCCCGCUUCGAUGCUCACGGUGAUGUGAACCUCAUUGUGUGCAACUCAAAGAAAAUGGAAGAGUGGGGUACAGAGCAAAGGGAGACAGUCUUCCCUUUCCAGAAGGGAGCUCCAAUAGAGAUCACUUUCAGCAUCAACCCAAGCGAUGUGACUGUCCACCUGCCAGGCCACCAGUUCUCAUUCCCCAAUCGGCUUGGUCUUUCUGUCUUUGACUACUUUGAUACGCAUGGAGACUUCACGCUCCGGUCUGUCAGCUGGGAGUAACUCCUCACAUCUGUCUCAAAAUUUAAGAAAGUAAUCAAUAAAUGUGUUUUCUUCUA